GGGGGCCAGGCGCCUGGUUAGUCGUUACUCACCGUUCGAGGCAAGCGGUAUUACAACCAAGACAGCCAGAGAUUAGCCAAGCAAUAUGCUGGACGCGGAGGUGCGAGAACUUAUGCAAGCCUUUGUGCUGAGCGAUUACCAGGUGCAGGAGGUGUACAGUCGCUUCUGCCUGGAGGUGGCGCGGGGCCUGAAGCGCUCUACGCACCCACAGGCGAACGUCAAGUGCUUCCCCACGUACGUGCAGGACCUGCCCACAGGCGACGAGAUGGGCAAGUUCCUGGCCCUGGAUCUCGGCGGCACCAACUUCCGGGUUCUGCUCGUCUCUCUCAAAGGUCACCACGACGCCACGGUAGUGUCCCAGAUCUAUGCCGUGCCCAAGGACCUUAUGUUGGGCUCGGGCGUAGACCUCUUCGAUCACAUUGCCGAUUGCCUGGCCAGAUUCGUUGAAAAGCAUGACAUGAAGACAGCUUAUCUACCGCUUGGCUUCACCUUCUCCUUUCCCUGUGUUCAGCUAGGCCUCAAGGAGGGCAUCCUUGUGCGCUGGACCAAGGGCUUUGACUGCUCCGGGGUCGAGGGCGAGGAUGUCGGUCGAAUGUUGCACGAGGCCAUCCAGCGGCGCGGAGAUGCUGACAUCGCUGUGGUAGCUAUUCUCAAUGACACCACCGGCACCCUCAUGUCCUGCGCCCAUCGAAAUCCCGACUGUCGCGUGGGCGUUAUCGUCGGCACCGGCUGCAAUGCCUGCUACGUGGAGGAUGUGGAGAAUGUAGACCUCCUGCACGCAGAUUUUAAGCGAACGAAGCGACAGGUGAUCGUAAAUGCCGAGUGGGGAGCCUUUGGCGAUGGCGGGCAGCUCGACUUUGUGCGCACCGAGUAUGACCGCGAGGUGGACGAAAAGUCGAUCAACCGGUCGGAACAGCUCUUUGAAAAGAUGACAGCCGGUAUGUACCUGGGCAACCUGGUGCGCCUGGUCCUGCUGCGCGCUCUCCAGCGUAAGCUUAUCUUCAAGCUUAGCAACCGGCGGCCGGAAUUCGCCACUGUCCUACAGAAGAACCAGGAUGUAUUCGAGACGCGUUACAUAUCCGAAAUAGAGGCCGACACAUUCCCCGAGUUUGCUAGCACUCGAAAGAUAGUGAAGCAGCUAUUCGGACUGGAGAAGGCCUCCGUAGAGGAUUGCCACACAUUGAAAUACAUCUGCGAGUGCGUGGCCAAGCGAGCUGCCACUCUGGUAGCCAUCGGGGUGAGUGGUCUCGUCAACAGGACCUCCAACCGCCGCGUAGUGGUCGGCAUGGACGGAUCCGUAUACCGAUACCACCCGAAAUUCGAUUCCUACAUGCGUCAAACCCUGCACAAGCUGGUGAAAGCGGACAAGGAGUGGGACAUAAUGCUAUCCGAGGACGGAUCGGGACGUGGAGCAGCGCUGGUGGCCGCGGUGGCCAGUAAAUCGAAGUAGGAACUAGCAACUAGCGUUGGAAUAAAGAAACUAUUGACUCACA